AUGUAUUCGACGAGUACACAGAAGAAAGAAUGGACAUUUUCGUCACGUCAAGAAAUUCUUAAACUUAGGAAGGCAGCAAAUGAACGUUUUCGAAUGCGAUACGGCUCAGUUAUUGCAGCGGGUGAAGAAGAGAUGUUUUUAACACCCAAUGAGGAAGCUAUUCUUUGUAAAAUCGUUACCGAGACUGGUAUCAGAUUUUCUGAAGGAUUUCGACCAACGAUGUGGCCUUCAGUGCGUUGGACUGCCUUUGCUUAUUUUAAGCGAUUUUUUUUGCACCAUUCUACUAUGGAAUAUUCACCAAAAAAUAUCAUGAUGGCAUGUUUUUAUUUAGCCGCCAAAGUCGAUGAAUUUAAUUUAUCAAUUGGAGAUUUUGUCGCCAAUUUACAAUCGGGUACCGCACAAAGUAAUUCUGAUACAAUUUUGAAAUUAGAACCUGAAAUAAUGCAUAAAUUGAAAUUUCAUUUGACGAUUCACGCUCCGUUUAGACCUUUUGAGGGGCACUUAAUCGACAUGAAAACGAGAUCUUUAUUGGGAUUUGAUUUGGAACAAGUAAGGCCUCACUCCAGUGAAUUUUUUAAGAAAGCGCUUUUUGGCGAUGUUAUGCUUCUAUAUCCACCUUCCCAAAUAGCACUUGCAGCACUUAAAUACGCUCUUUUCCGACUUGAUAAAUCGGAGGAUUUACUGAAAGAUCAAUUUCUUUACAAACUUCUUAAUAUUGAAACAUGGCAAUCUCAGAAUGCUCAGUUAGAAAUUUGUGAUAAACUUCUUAAACGAUUGGAUGAGAUAAUUGAAUGUGUAUUGACUGAAGCCCAGUUACAUACGAAGGAGGAAGCCGCAUCUUUACAUGAGAAAAUCAAUCGUUGGGUACGUAUCGUUUCAGAUUUAAAUCGACGAUUACGUUUAUCGCAAAGUGAUAAGACUGAAACAAAUAAUAGUAAUAAUAUAUCAGAUGAUGAUUAA